UGUCCCUUCCCGUGGAACCCGACACUUCAGGCCAAAUGGACUCCCUCGACUUUCAGAACAUGGACAACUGUCGAUUUUGCGAGUUUUUCAAAGUCGAAAGCCGAUACGGUCGAAAGUACGACAAUUUCGAGCUCUUCCACAGAGAAUGCUCGCAUUGCCAAUCUCAACCACAGAGCGAGGAAAAUCUAUGCGCGUUCUGCCAACAUUUGCGGAUUGGCCAUCUGCUCUUGUGUGUACCGCAGGAGUUAUCCAUCUACAUUGACUUCAAGUCGAAACACGAACACAUAUACGACACGAAAUGCCCAAUGUGUCGCUUGAUGGCUUCCAUACCAUCAACAAACCCGGUUGCCUUUAGAGAUGGUCGUGACCCCAUCAGAUCUGGAUUUUUUACCCUCGAUUUUGUUUUGCAUUUGAGACCGUAUUUGAAAAAAACCGAUGAGAAAUCGCUAGGCUAUCUCAUGUUCAAUGAGAUAAACGGCCAAGAAGUAUUUCACAACGUGAGAAUAUAUGCGUCUGAUAGUUCACCAAGACCUGUCGGCAGCUCUUUCGACCAUGUACUGGUCACUGAAUGGUUAAGCAAGCACUGCAUGGACCAUGAAAAGAGCUUUGGACAUAAAGUGCAGCUGCCGAGGGGGUUUCAAGUUAUUGAUGUCUUUGAACGGCGGAUUGUAAGUCCCGAAAAUGGCUUCCAGUACGUAGCGUUGAGCUAUGUUUGGGGCUCAAAACGGGAUUCUCUCCACCUUGUCGCUACCAAGGAGAAUAUCCACGGUAUGACCCAACGUGGUGGAGUCGACGCCUCUAGGCUUCCAGCAACUAUUGACGAUGCUAUCGAAAUUUGCAUCUUGCUUGGCGAGAGAUACCUCUGGGUAGACCAAUUAUGUAUCGUCCAAGACGACCAUGAGAACAAACAUCGACAAAUCCACGCUAUGGACAGCAUCUACACUGCGGCUCACUUUGUUAUGGUCGUGGCUGAUGGCGACGCGCAUAGCGGGAUCCCAGGGUUUCGACACAAGCGUCCGACAUUACAAAGGCGAGAAAAUAUUGGUACUUUCACCUUUCUAAACAGCUUACCUAGCGCCUCCGAUACAAUUAGUUCCUGCGUCUGGAAUUCGCGAGCCUGGACCUACCAGGAGGCUGUCCUUGCCAGAAGAAGAUUGUACUUCAGUCUCUCCCAAGCAUUUCUUGAGACUAGUCGGAGUAUUUGUUUGGAAGAUCUGACAGAAGAUAACGAUGAGUUCAUCGAGUUCGAGCCUGUAUUAAGUCUCAAGCCUGUAAUAAGUUCUCCGAGAAGAGAUGAUCGCUUCCUAGACUGGACCAGUCAUUUGGAAGCAUAUAGUUGUCGUACCUUGAGCUAUCGUUCAGAUGCUGUAAACGCAUUCAUGGGUAUAUCGCGCGCUUUUUACCCGAAGGAUGGUGCCAUGUUUAUAGGGUUGCCGAAACCUGAUUUUCACCGUGGGCUGCUAUGGUACUGCGAGUCGGAGAACCCAAGACGAGUUACGGAAAACUCUUCAUUUCCAAGCUGGUCGUGGGCAUCAGUUAUUGGAACAGUGGGUUACAUCGAUUCCUUGGAUGCCAGUGUCACACCACUAGUCGCAUGGAGAGUCCAGCAGGCGAAUUUACAGGCGGGAACAACAUAUGAAUGGACCAACAUCCGGGACUUCGUUGGCGCCCCAAGCGUUGACAGUGCGGAGCCUGACAGCUCAGAACUAGAUCCAGAAAUUUUAUGGUCGAGCCGUAAAUAUGACAGCUUUGCUCUUGCAUUAGCUUGGAGCCAAGGUUGUUUUGAAGUAUGUUGGCCCUUUGCCAGUCUAGAAAGCUGCAGGUUUUCUUCUAUCAAAUCCAGGUUGAAAGAUGUGUGGCCAACGCGUCGUUGCCUCGAGGAUCUGUUUUUCGGAGACAGUAAAUCCCACGAAGAGCAACUGUUACCAAAGGUCCAGCAAAAUGUGUUGAGAGCACGUGUUCAGUCCGCCCAUUUUUGGCUUGAUGUUCUCUCCCAAGAACCAAGGAAUUCAUUUUGUGGGUUCCCAAAUUCCUUGAAGAUCUCAGAUGAAAACAACAAGUAUGUUGGAUUGGCGUGGAAACAUGAGCCGAGGAUCAAGGAAGAAGUGUUACCUCUCCUCGAGCCAGGCGAAAAGACGCGCUUCGAAUUUAUUGCGCUCUCCAUAACUUCUUUCAGGCAUCCCGAAGCGCUUUUCGUGCACGGGGAAUUGAGCUUUGGUAUACAGACCUUGUUAGACCCAUUUAGAAACACGACGUAUAAAACGCCCGAGGAGAGGAGGUACAUGAGGGAGCAUCUUGGCCCCGACGGGCUGGACAUUACGUAUUUUGAUAGCGAGGACAAUGCCUUGGAACAGGUUCCUUUGGUCAAUGUCAUGCUCAUUGCCUGGCGGGGGCCCGUGGCGCACCGAGUCAGCGUUGGUUGGAUUUUUUUGACGAAGUGGGCGAAGGCGAAGCGGGAGUUUAAGACAGUUUAUCUGGAGUAACGUCCGUCACCGUGAAACGAGAUUCACCGGGAAGAGAGAUGGUGAUACUUGUAUAGAGGAGAAGAAGAGACCCAGCUACGAUGUAUAGAGUCUUUGUGUGCUUUAAAACCUUUACAUCCAUACCCAGGACUCGGGAUAUGAGCUAGACAAGGUGUACUCUAUAGGGACUGCUUGUAUUGUCCCCUGUCUCGCUAGACGGUGGAUCUCGGUUCUCGGUGACGGAGGUUAAGAUCUAUCGCGUCUAUCGAAAGGCGAGGGAUAUUUUGACCAACCCUUAUGGAUAUUUUAGCAACGCCUCUUGAUAUCUAAUUUGAGUAGUCGAGUGUAGAUUUUUUUUUUUUUUUUUUUUUUUUUUUU